AUGGUCGUUUUCUCUGGCCUCGCCAUCGGGUCCGAUGGCUUCAAUGCAUCCAUCAUCGGCAACCUGGAGCUCAUCAUGGCCGUCAUCUACCCCCAAGCAUUAACAACAGAAGUCGCUUCUCGUCUGUCGAAUGCUUUUAUGGUCGGUAUGAUUAUUGGCAUGCUUUCAUUUGGUUAUAUUUCAGACAAAGUAGGACGGAAAGCUGGCGCUGUCCUGACGACGAGUGUGCUGGUGAUUGGCAUCGCUCUCAGUGCUGGUGCCAGCGGAGUCACUCGCGAUGGCAUGUUCUGGAUGCUGAUUAUUGCUCGAGGCAUUGCCGGAGUCGGUGCAGGAGGAGAAUAUCCUGUCGCCGGUGCUGGUGCCGUCGAAGCAACCGACGAGACUCCCGGCGUGCGAAACAAACGCGGCUUCAUCUUCGCCAUGAUUGGCGAUUUAUCAGCGUCGUUAGGCUUUGCCUUUGGAUCGCUGGUGCCUCUGAUCCUGCUGCUCUGCUUCCAUAAUAACGUCCAGCACUAUGAGGCCGUCUGGCGUAUUUCACUCGCACUGGGAGUGAUUCCGCCCUUGUCGAUCUUUUGGUUCCGCUAUCGAAUGGCGAUGAGCUCAGCGUACAAGAAGAGUGCGAUGCAGAAGCAGCGCAUUCCCUACUGGCUGGCUGUGAAGAAGUACUGGCGGCCUCUUCUGGGUGUUUGUGCGUCGUGGUUUAUUUAUAACUACAUCUCCUACCCUUUCGGGCUAUUUUCAACGACCAUCACCGAACGGGUCAACCCAACCUCUUCACUCACUCUCAACAUGGCCUGGGGAACGCUCAUCAACUGCUUCUACAUCCCCGGCGCUUUCAUCGGCGGUUUUCUCUCCGACAAGAUCGGACGACGCCGCACCAUGGCCCUGGGCUUCCUUCUACAAGCCAUCCUCGGCUUCAUCCUCGGCGGCGCACUGGACAAAAUCCAACCUCACCUCCCUGCCUUCAUCAUCCUCUAUGGCAUCUUCCUUACUCUCGGCGAAAUCGGACCCGGCUCGACCAUCGUGCUAACAGCCAGCGAGAGCUUUCCCACCGCACUUCGCGGCCACGCGGUCGGGUUCGCUGCUGCAUGGAGCAAAGCCGGGGCAUCGAUUGGGACUGCUGUGUUCAAGCCGAUUCUGGCCAGUUGGGGAGAUGAUUCUUUUCACGGGACGCAGGCGGUCUUUCUGAUUGGGUCUGGGUUUGCGGUUGUUGGAGCGUUGGUUGCGUGGUUUGUUCUGGGUGAUGUGGAUGAUCGGUUGGAUAAUGGCGAUGAAGCGUGGAAGCGGUAUUUGGCCGGGAAUGGAUAUAGAGUCGAAUGGGGGGUCAGUGAGGGGGGAGAGAAGAGUUUGUAG